AAGAAAUCAAAAGAUUUUUAUAUAGCUUUGUGAGACAAAAAAAAAAUAAAUAAAUAAAACAACUAUAUACUGUGCCUCUUACCACAGCUCCGCCCUGAAUGAAAAAAUUAUAGAGAAAAAAGAUCAACAAAAAUCCAAUUAACGUCCUUGGAAAGAAAAUGGAUAAUAUUGAAAUGCUGAAAGCACUUUAUGACUUCCAAGCGGUCUAUCCUAAGACCAUCAGUUUUGAUGAAGGCGAAUAUUUUAUAUUGUACCAGACGUCCGCACGCCAACGGAACUGGUGGCAAGUGGUCAGCAUGAAGGGAAAUAUUGGUUUUGUGCCAUCCAAUUACGUAAUGAAGAUUAAGGUUGAGCCGGAUUUUUUAAUAAGUUUCCUAAAUUCUUCCAUUGAAUCCUUGGAAAAAUCUAAGGAAGCAGAAGUCAAUGGCAUUAUGCCAAAAGAGGAAUUGCUAGAAAGACUGCGUGAAAAAAAAGUAGCCAUGGAGAAAUUAUAUUUGGAUAAUUCUGAAUUAGACUGCGAAUCUUCACUUUCUUUUUCACAAAGUAUUGGCGAUAAAAAUUAUAAAAGUAAUAGUCAUGCAUCACCCAAUAACUCCGCAUCGUAUAAACAAUAUCCACAUAGUCCUCCACAAUCGAAACGACUUGACAGUAACAAAAAGUCUAUGUCAAGUCCUUCUGUUGGUGCUGCAAUGCCGCAAUUAAUACAAGAAUCACCCAGCAUGGGUACAAUGCAAGUGCAAACACAGCAAUCUCAACAGCAACAAUUGCAACAACAACAACUGCAGCAGCAGCCGCAACCCGUACCGCAAAGUAAAGCAAAUGAUAUUGCGCAAGAUAAUAGCGUUACAUCAGAGCCUUCAGAGACUACUACAACAACAACUACAACUAGCGAAGAUGUGGUAACAACAUACAAAGAACCAAGUCAGCGUGAAACGGGCACACAUGCAUACACACAACACAAUGGUAGUGAUGGGCAUAAUAAUAGUAUUGGCGCUGGUACUGGUGCUGGUGGCGGUGGCACAAUGACCGACAUUAGUGAACAAAUAACAGAUGAGAAAGGCACCGAAAAGUCAGAUGCAAGUGAGCCACCGAGUGAUGGCAAAAACACUGGUAAUAAUGGCAAAGGUGAUUACACCAAUAGCGUAGAGAAUAGUCAAGCUUUGGAUAGUGAAGAUAGCGCUGUACAAAGGCAAUUACAUGCUAAUGCUGCCGCUGCGGUAUUGCAUGGGUUCUCACCAACAAAUUUAAAAGUAGAAUCUGCGGAUGUUUAUCAAAUUGUCGAUGUAAUACGUCGCAACACAAAUUUAAGUUUUGAUUUAUCCUGUGAGGCUUUACGUGUUGUACUCACGAGUCUAGAGCAAUUGUACAAUGGCGCCAUAAAUCCAUAUUUGGAAGCUGUGGCAAUACAUGUUACCGAUAAAGUGGAAACACCUAAAGACUUGCUUGGCAUGACGCACGACUCAAAACGUUUGCAAUAUAUAUUUUCACAAUUAGCUGAUUGCAAAAAUGAUUCGGAACAACGCACGUGGAUGUUGUACGAAGAUGAAGAUGAUAUUGUCCAAUUUCUAGAGGAGUUAGUAGAGAUAUUAAAUAAUGCUGACGAAAAUAUUAGUUGCUAUGAGAUGUCUUGUGAUCAAUAUCAAGCGCUUGUUAAUCUCGUGCAAUAUUAUCAAAUGGAAACACGUUGGGCUAUUAAACGCUUACUCUUAAAGACUUUUACUGCAGCUUGCCAUUUGGAUCAUAUAAUAGUUGAUAUAUUAUUAACUUCUGUUUUACCAUUAGAAAUUGUAGAAGAUAUGAAAACUAAUUUUGGCAACUUAGAUAAAUUUAAGCAGCUUGUCAAAAUGUUAACAAUCAUAUUCUCCUUAGGUCAACCUAUGCCAGUAAACCAUCAAGAUUAUCUUGGUGUACACUUUGCCAGCUUUCUAUUGGAAAUUGUGGAAGGCAAUAACUCUGAAGUGCUUGUUGAUAUGGUCAUAGCAUUAAUUUUAGCUUUUAAUUUACAAUUUACCGAUUUUUCACAAAAUGUAGUUGUAGAAGCCAUGCAGUCAUUACCAACCGCAAAAAUAUUCACAGAAAAAAUUCUAUUAUUAUUGAAUAGAGAAGAGGAUCCUAUAAAAUUAUUGAAACACUCUACUGACAACAUGAAUUCCGUACUGAAAAUGUUUAUUGAUGUGUUCAGCAAUCCCGAAACAGCUGGCAUGUUUUAUACAAACGAUAAUAAAGUCUUAAUUGAUAUUCUAGUAAGACAAUUAACUGAUUUGUGUGCUGGAAAUCCGCUGAGACGUUGCUAUCUUGAACUUUGUCGUCGUAUUCUACGCAACACUAAUUAUCAGGAGCACCAACAUCGCAAACAGGAUCUAAUGAAAAUAUUUACACGUAUUUUUUGUGAGGAGACUGAAUGUAGCGCUUCAGACCAACAGUUAGUACGUGAGAUUGCUAAUGAAUUUCCACAAUUAUUUAAAGCAUAAAAAUGAAGAAAUCUAGUGUUAUUGUAAAUUGCUUUAUUUUAUUAGUAGUCAUUUAUUAUGAACAUUAUUUGUGAUAGUAUAAUUUGUAUCGUUUUAUUAGUGUACCUUUUAUAGAUUGAACGUAAUGUUAGUUAUGAAUAUUGUGAAUUUAAUUUUAAUGCUAGUCUCCUUUAACCAAAAUAACUUUUUAUAUAUAAAUUUUAUGUAAUAUCAUAGACUAAUUAAAUUGUAUUAAUAACGAUAUAUAUACGUGUGUAUACAUACGUAUAUGUAUAGUAACUAAAAUAUCCGAGUUGAAUUCAACAAAAAGGAUGUUGUUAUUAUUGUAGAAGAUUCAAAAAUGAUAUCAGUUAUAUGUCAAUUCUAAGUAAUACAAGACAGAAUAACUAUAGUUGGGUUAAGACUUAAAAUUUAGACUUAUUAUGCAGACAGUUAUGGUCACAUCAAAUGUGAAAUUGUUGUUUUCAAUGCAAAUUUUAAAUUUUAUGUUGAGAGCAACAAAGGGAAUUCAAUUAAAAUUUCGUUACGAUGACAAGGCUACUGGUAUAUUAGUCAAAAAAAUUUGCUCACUAUCUUUACCAUAUCUAAUAACAAUAGAGCAAGUUACUUAUGAUUUAAUUAGUCUUUGAUAUUACAAAAUAUUAUUAAAUGUAUUCUUAUGAGAUUAGUUUUUAAGAAUU